UAAAUAAAAUCAUUUAAAAUUUAGUUCUGCAAUUAACUAACAUGGGUCGAAGGUAUUACUGUGAUUAUUGCGAUAAAUGCUUUAUAGAUGAUCUCGACGCUAGAAAGAAGCACUUACAAAGUUCCAACCACAUAAAACUUAGAAAUUUGCAUUAUGAAUCUUGUAGAGAUCCAGAAACAGUUUUAAAGGAGGAGCUUUUAAAAACACCAUGUAGACGAUUUUCCCAAGGUAGCUGUCCUUUUGAGGGAGUGUGUAGAUUCACUCAUUACUCUCCUGAAGAGUUGUGUGAACUUAGAAAGCAAGUUGAUCAUAUCCAACAAAUGAGGAGAAAACAAAAAGAAGAAGUACCACCUGUACCGCCUCUAGAAAAAUGGAUUGAACAGUAUGAAAUUAAUAAUAAAGAUUCAAGUGAUAAGGUGCAUCUAUUUUGGACUUAUCCUGAAAAUUUGGAAAACAGGAACGAUCUACCCCCUUCCCUCAUAAAAUUUAGACCCGAACAUUUUUAUGACGACAAUUUUGAGGAAUGGGGCAAAUGAAGUUUUUGUGCUCUGAACUGUUAAUUGGAAAUCGAUGAUUAACAAUGUACGGGCUAAAAAUAAAGUUAUAUUUUUUC